UGUCCUGAGGCUGCUGGUGGCCGGGCCGGGCGGCUGGUUCUAUUAUCGCAGUCUUUUGUGUAUUCUCUGCAUAGCAAAUUUGCACUGACAUUCGUGCUUAUAAGGCCUAAAGACAAAAUGAGUGCACUUGUAUGGGGCAUCAAAAAUGGAGACCUGGAGCAGGUCAAGGAAUUGGUAGAAUCAAAGAACGUGGACGUGAACCAGGCGAUCGACGGCCGUAGUCCGAUCCAUUACGCCGCGGACUACGGGCAGCUGGAGGUCCUCGAGUACCUGCUCAACAGGGGCGCCGACCUGAACGUCACGGAUAAGCACGGCAUAUCGGUCAUAUUGGCCGCCAUCUGGGAGGGCCACACCGAUUGCGUGAAGCUGAUGCUUAAAAAGGGUGCUUCCAAGACGGGCUCCACCCCGGACGGCACGAGCUACCUGGACGCUGCCGAGAAGGCCGAGAUCAAGGAGCUUCUACGAUAGACGUCGCUCCGUCUUCCAUCGCGCUGUGAUUUGAAAUGCCGUUGUGAUGCCGCAGCCGGAGCCGCGUAAAGCUAUUCUUUGUACUAAUCCACUAUACAUGUGCGGUCCUCUCUAUUUAUUCCCCGCUGUACGGCCGGGCGUGCGGCGCGGCGUUUCUCCUCCGGACGCGUGCGUUCUGUUGCGGCGUGCGCGGCUCGCGCUGUCCGGCCGGGCGGUGCCGCCGCUCCCGACAGGCCGCCGGCGCCGGAUGUUUGUCGACUCCCGCCAGCGGGACGUGACGCGCGCAGGCCGGACGGCCGUGCGCACCGCGCCGCAAUCGCCGCGCGGUGGCGCGCGCCGUGUGUCACAGCUCUCGCGUGCGCCCGCCAGCCCACUCGGGACGGACGGGGAGGGACCGGACCCGGUUCGUGCCGCGCAGACCGGGCCCUGUUGAUUGUCAGGUACGGAUGGACGUGGUGGCUAUGGAAAUAUACUGACCAGGUACUCGUG